AUGGCAAGAUACCUGUCAGGUAUGAUACUUUUUAUUCCUGAUCGUCUGUGGAGGCUCGGGUCGGCUGUGGAGGCACGGGUCGCCUGUGCAGGCUCGGGUCGUCUGUGGAGACUCGGGUCGGCUGUGGAGGCUCGGGUCCUCUGUGGAAGCUCGGGUCGUCUGUGGAGGCUCGGGUCGGCUGUGGAGGCUCGAGUCGGCUGUGGAGGCUCGGGUCGUCUGUGGAGACUAGGGUCGGCUGUGGAGGCUCGGGUCCUCUGUGGAAGCUCGGGUCGUCUGUGGAGGCUCAGGUCGGCUGUGGAGGCUCGAGUCGGCUGUGGAGGCUCGGGUCGGCUGUGGAGGCUCGGGUCGUCUGUGGAGGCUCGGGUCGUCUGUGGAGGCUCGGGUCGUCUGUGGAGGCUCGGGUCGGCUGUGGAGGCUCGGGUGGUCUGUGGAGGCUCGGGUCGGCUGUGGAGGCUCGGGUCGUCUGUGGAGGCUCGGGUCGGCUGUGGAGGCUCGGGUCGUCUGUGGAGUCUCGGGUCGGCUGUGGAGGCUCGGGUCGGCUGUGGAGGCUGGGGUCGGCUGUGGAGGCUGGGGUCGGCUGUGGAGGCUGGGGUCGUCUGUGGAGGCUGGGGUCGGCUGUCGGCUGUGGAGGCUCGGGUCGGCUGUGGAGGCUCGGGUUGUCUGUGGAGUCUCGUGUCGGCUGUGGAGGCUCGGGUCGUCUGUGGAGGCUCGGGUCGGCUGUGGAGGCUCGGGUCGUCUGUAGAGGCUCGGGUCGGCUGUGGAGGCUCGGGUCGGCUGGGGUCGGCUGUGGAGGCUCGGGUCGGCUGUGGAGACAGCCUCUAA